AAACAAUCGAGCAACGAAAGAGAAAUCCGAUAAGCCGGACAAGGGUCCGGUAAACAAUAAGGCAGUCAGCGUUAAACAAAGGCUCAGGACUUACACACAGGGAAUGACAAGACUUCACAAUAUGUUCAUUCAUUUGACUUAUAUAAACAGGAAGUAUACCCAGAAAUGUUGUAUACCCAGAUUAUGUUCCGUCUCGGUCGUGUCAGAGUUUUUGGACCUAACUAUAUCAUAAUACGUGAAUCAUAACAAGUGCGUGUUUAUGUCAAAGCAAAAACAACUCACACAGUACGUACACAUGACUGAUCCGGUAAAAAGGGCGCUCAUGGAAAUAGGAAUGUCUUUCAUGCUGCCGGGAAGUUCUGCUUGUAAAGAUGAGUAAGUGGAUUGAAGACGGGUGGAUUUGCAUGAUUGAGGCGAGGAGAUGAACGCCUGGGAGGAGUAGACGGUGGAUUUAAUUUAGAGCAUUGUGUAAGGGCUAUUCAGUGGCUUGUAGGACGUGAGGUUUUAAUGAAAUUACUAGGUGUCAUUUCAUUAAGGGAGAGAGCGGGUGGAUGAAAAGAGUCUGAGAUCGGGUGGAUGAGGAAUGAGGAAUGAGGGAGAUGAAGUAGAAGUGCAGCUCUCAGAAAGGAGUGAAAGGGGACAUGGUGAAAGGACGAGGUGUGAAGGAGACACGAAGAUACUACCGCUUCUGCAGUCGUGGGAGGUCCGGACGUCCGUGUCGUUCCUCAUCCCCAGGGCCACAGACCCACUGAAGAUGGAAACCAUAACAUUAUCUCCUGGCUGAGGACAGCGCUUAUCGUUCAUCUUAAAUGCUUUACAACUUCUCAGUAUGAAGGUGCUAGAGUGGAUAGUGCUUACACUCAUCCUGUUUGGAUGCAAGUGGGCGGACUCUGUCCCACUGGCUCCGCCCAUCGCCUCAGUAACACCUGAAAUGCCUCUUUCUGUUAUUCCCACGGUGGAUGAGAGCGCGAGGCUAGUGGAUUGGCUAAUGAAAUAUGGCUACCUGCCUCCUCCUGACCCCUCCACGGGGCAGCUUCAAGCCUGGACUGCAGUCACACACGCUCUGAAGGCUAUGCAGAGGUUUGCUGGAUUACACGACACUGGAGUAUUGGAUGAGGAGACUCUGAGAAUGAUGCAGACACCGCGUUGUUCACUUCCUGACGAUGAAGGCGGUCCGAACCCUGAGUCAGACGCAGAUACUGAGCUUCAAGUCCAGAGGGUGAAGAGAGCCAUCUCGAGCUGGGCUCAGAGAAACAUCAACUGGAGAUUGCGCACGUACCCCACCUCUUCAGCUCUGUCCCAUGAGACGUUUCGUUCUCUGGUCUUCUAUGCUCUGAAAGUGUGGGCAGAUCCAACGGCUCUUGAGUUUCACGAGGUUGGAGGGCCAGACGGGGCGGAUCUCCUGAUUGACUUCUUACAUGGUUCACAUGGUGAUGGAUACCCUUUUGAUGGGGUGGGUGGAGCUGUUGGCCACGCCUUCUUUCCUUCUGACCAGGACAGAGCAGGUGAAGUUCAUCUGGAUGCAGAGGAGGAGUGGGCAUUCAGACAGCCAGCCUCUGAAGGCACGGAUGUGUUCACGGUGCUGGUGCACGAACUCGGCCAUGCUCUCGGACUCUCCCACUCUUCAGCACGGGGGUCCGUUAUGAGGCCGUAUUACCAAGGGCCCCUUGGAGACCCGCUCCACUUCAGCCUGGGAUCUCCAGACCGAGAGCACAUCACCACUCUCUACGGGACGAGAGCUGACAAUCUACAGACAGGAAGUCAUCCUCUAGAGGCAGAAGCUGAACUGAAACAUCCACGCAGAGGCACAGACAGACUCACACACAUGCACCGACACACACACAGUCACCUGGACAGUCCUUCUGUGGAUCGCUGCAACACCAGUUUCGAUGUGGUCGCUAAAAUCAGAGGGGAGACGUUUUUCUUCAAAGGUCCGAGUAUGUGGAGGGUGAACAGAGGAGGCCUGGUUUCUCGGAGAGCCGUGUCCGUGCGCAAACUCUGGGCUGCUCUGCCCACAUCUCUGCCCCCGCUGAGGGCCGUACUGGAGAGGCAAGAGGAUCACGCCAUCAUCUUCAUCAGUGGUUCUCAGUUCUGGCUGUUUAAGGAUCUGUCUCUGCAGAAUGGUUUCCCGCAGCCGCUGUUUGCUCUGAAUCCCGCAGACCCGGAUGGAGAGAAACACGGUGUGCACUGGGACCCUGAUAAAGGAGUGGUGUGGGGGUCGGGAGUAGAGCGAGGAGAGAGCGGUCAGGUGUGGACCGAGCUCAUUGAAGGAGGAGUGAAUGGAAUUAUUACAGAGAACAAUGGUUCUCUCUUCCUCUUCAAAGGCUCUCACUAUUGGAAAUUUGCCCACCCAGGCUCCUCCCCUGAGGAGGGAUUUCCCCGACCUGUGGCCUCAGAUUGGUUGAAGUGCCCCGACCCUUCCCCUCAUCACCCUGGAGAUAUCUCUCUGACAUCCAUUGUUGGUCAGCAGGAGCUUCAAGAGAGAAAAGAGGAAGGCGCAUUGGAGCAGAUCAGGCGCAGGUCCAAAACUACAAUGAGACAUACAGAGAAUCAUGGGGAAUGUCCCUGCUCCAACAGCGCAUCACCACCUAACACAAGUCUGCAUUUCCUGAUGAUCAUCCUGCUCUUACACACUCUGACUUAUCAGUCAUCUGUGUCCCUUUUUACGACACGCUCACAUCCUGUUCGUCGUUAGAUAUUUUUAGCUGUUAUUUUUUUCUGGUUUCUUCAACUGUUCAAGCGAGUCUGUGCCCUCUGUAGCCCACUGUUCGGCAUGUUUUGCAUUCUGUGAUGCUUUUCUGCUCACCACGGUUGCAAUGAGUGGUUAUUUGAGUUACCGUAGCCUUCCUGUCAAGUCAAACCAUUCUGGACAUUCUCCUCUGCCCUCUCUCAUCAACAAGGUGUUACUUCCUGGCUGUUUUUUGUUUGUUCUUCUGUCAUGGCAUUCUGUUUAAACACUGUAGAAUGUUCCAGGUCAUUUGCAGUUUCUGAAAUACUCUAACCAGCCCCAUUCGACACUAUCAAACAAAACCACUGACAUUACGAUGUUCCCCCCAUUCUAUUCUCAUGUCUCAUGUAAACAUUAACUGAAGCUCUUGACCCGUAUCAUUACAUUGAUAUUACUGUAUAGCAUUAUAUUCCCCAGAGCACAGACGAGAUGAAAAAAGGGAACGAUUGCUGUAUGGCAUUCGUAUUUAUUGUGUCGUAUCUCGCUGGAUGACACUCGACAUUUGACCUCUGAUGUAACCUGUACUAAACUCCCAUCCCUGCCACACCUAAUAAUGAUUAAUGACUUAAACACACUUUGUGUCCAUCAGCAAUAGGAAUCAUUGCUAGAACAUUUAUUUACCCUAAGCUCGUACAUGUCUCUUUAUACAUCUUUAUUCCAACCCUACAGUUUUAUUCUUAAUACCAUGAUAAUCUCUCCACCUGACUUCAUUUCUGAAAUGAUGCUAAAUAUCCAGUACUUUAAAAAAAAAAUUAAAUAAAAAUACAACUCCAUGGUUGCAUAGGGUUUCAAUCAAUCUGUAAUAGUAAUAAUAAUCAAAAAAAUUCCAAUAAAACAAGACC